CUGCAGCAGCAACGCAAGGGGGCGGAGCCGAUUGGACAAGCCACGCCCCAUCUGCGACUGCACGGCUGAGCAACAAGUCGCAACCGGUCUGCAGAAUUUCCCGUUGCACGGUUAUGAUCGGCGCUCGUGCCCUUGAAGAGCGACAUACUCUCGGGUUUUUAUGAUCAUGUGAUGUUUAUAUUCGAUAAUCAUAUGUGAAUGUACACGCGGACCCGAUGGAGAAACACAUCUGCUGUGUUUGCAGUGAAAUGACGGACUGGAGUUCUGUUUGAAGAGAAUGAUGUCAGGGCUCAUUGAUCAGGGUGAUGACAUGGGCCUGGUGACCCCGAUAGAGCUGACGGACCCUCAGAAGGACGACGACCCCCAAUGCCCCGCCCACUUCAGGCAGAGUCUCAUGCUCCAGCUGAUUGACGAUCUCUCUUAUGAAGAUGUAAAGAAAUGCUACAGGGGUUCAACCGUCAGCAAAUACAACUCGCAGUACCACAAACUCUUCUCCACCGUCCCGAAGGAGGAGAUCCUCAUGAAGGUUUAUUCCUGCGCUCUUCUGCGGGACAUUCUGCUUCAAGGACGACUUUAUAUUUCCCGGAACUGGCUGUGUUUCUACGCAAACCUCUUCGGCAAAGACAUUAAGGUUGCCAUCCCGGUGGUGUCUGUGCGGCUGGUGAAGAAACACAAAACCGCCGGACUGGUUCCAAACGGACUCGCCAUCACCACCGACACCAGCCAGAAGUAUGUGUUUGUGUCUCUUCUGUCGCGGGACAGUGUGUAUGACGUGCUGAGAAGAAUCUGCACACACCUGCAGGUGAACGGUAAGAAGAGUUUAAGUCUGAAGCAGUACCUGGAGGAACCCGGGUCUCUGUCGACGGACGAGUUUCCAGUGAGCACAGACUUCACGCCGGUGUUGACAUGGCGCAGGAAACCGUCUGCACCGUCCGUAUCUUCAUCACUGCCGGACCUGCUGGGAAACUCGACGAGCAGCUUGAGCGCAGGAGACGCACCGUACAUCGCAGAGACUCCGCUGGAGGAGCGCCGUCUGGAGGCGGAGAAGAUCCUGCUGGCAGAACCCGUGGCAGAACUGGGUCACAUGGAGUAUCAUCUGCUGAAGUUCUUCAUUCUGCUCAUUAUUUUGCUCAUCAUUUCCUCGUGUUAUCUGGCGUUCCGGGUCUGUAGUCUGGAACAACAACUGUCUUUCCUCAACACACAACCGGCAAUGUCCAUGAGAGAGAGGUAACCCAGGUUUAACCCCGUGCCAACCCAUCAGGAGAGCGCGUCUCUCACCAUUACACCAGCUCAAGCACAGGUACAGCACUAGUCACCGAGUAGUUAGCUAAUGGACCAGCAGAGGGCGCCGGUGAGCCGCGAGAGCCGGACUGCUGACCUGUGAAGAUUCCCACAGCAGGAAUAUUAGCCAUAGUUGCCUGGCUUCACUAACACCUCCGCGUUCAGGACGGAUGAUCAGGGUUACGUUGGUGACACUUUCAUGUUACGGAGAACGUUUCACAUUUUUAACUCUUUCUGUGUCAAUAUUGUUGUUUUUAUGGAGCAAACAUUUCUGUUAUCCUGCCCCAAAUGUGCAUGUUUACCAGUGUUUAGUGCACUGCCAGAAUCACCUUCAUGAGUAUUUUUGUCUUGUUCACCGGUAAAAGUAUGCCAAGAUCCUAAACGCGAAGGUCACGGGUUCGAUUCCCGGGAAAAAUUACGUUGUUUUGGUUUUUGUACAAUGCAUUUUUAUACCAAAUUUCAAAAAAUGAACUUAACUCAAGAGAAAUUCUCUGAAAACGUGUCUUAAUAUCUUAUGCUGUUUUGUUUGCAGGUUUUUUUAAUGAUAUUUUUACUGAAAAACGAGACAAAAUGCGAAUUAAGAAUGAUUUUUGCAGUGAACAGAUGAGAUGUUCUGGGUUUUCUUGUGGACUUGAAGAGAAAAGUAAGAAUUGAUAUUAUUCACACACAUUUCAAGAUCAUUUCAAAGCAAGGACGGAAGGUGAAAGGUCAAGGUCAAGUGAAUCUGAGAGGGUUUAGUUGUGAAGGACUGGAGUUUGGGUUCAAUCAUGGUUAGAUCUCCUGUUGACUGUAUUAAAGUGCAUUAUGGGGCGUCUGUAGGUCGUUACGUACUUGAAAUAUACGCUUGCAUUUCUGGCAUGCUAGAUGAUGUAGGAUAUGGAUAUUUAAUAGUUGUGCUGUAAAUGAGAGAUUGUAGUCGUGAUGUUUUUGUACAUGCUCAUGAUUUCUGCCACGCUGUAGAUGUUUUAUAACUUUCUUUCUGACACAAGCAGACGGGAGGUAGAAAGUUCAAACUAAUAAAAACUUUCACCACA